UCUUUUGACAACUCUAGACUUAGAAAACUAGAAAAUCUAUUUAUUAAUUUAAAAAUUUCAAAACCAUUUCCCAUUAAAUUGUAGAAAUAUGGAUUAUUUGUGUAGAUUUCUUAGCGCCGAUUUGUAUUGUUUGCUAACCUCAAUUCGUGGAAAUUCUGGAGAAAAUUCAAAAGAAAAGACUGUCAAGAAUCGUGUUCUCAAGGAGACUGAAGAUGACGUGGAGAAUCACUUCCUGGUGGUACGUCCUAGCUAUACGAUCCGCCACAAGUAUCCUGGUCCUUUGAGAACCUAUGAUGGCGAAGAGCGUUGUGAGCCGCGUUUGAUACGGCUUUCGGAUCUGAGCGGCAGCCAAUUGGAUUGGAUACUGAAUCAGUGCGAAGAUCAGGACGAAAUGAAACAGGAAUGUGAGUCUGAAACCACUAAAGGAACCCAGAAGGAACCUGAAGAAACAGAUCAGAAGCUCUGUAAUGCCAAGAGAGAGGAAUUUCUCAAAAAUUUCGAGUCCCAGAUCUUCUUGAAUCUCCUGCCCACAGUAAAGAGUUCCCUCACACUGGACAGCAUCUGGAGCGGAAAUCUACCCACGCCAGAGCAACUAAUCCGAGUGGAGCUACGUGCCAGGACUCUGUACGAGCUGUCCACUUGCCAGGAACCACAUGCACCCACUUGGGACUCUCUGAAGUCCACGGAAAAGCUAAGUUUCCAUUGGCAAGCCCAUGCGGGAGUGAAGCUCCAGGAGACGCCCUUUGAUAACUUUCAGGUGUGUUACCUCAGGAAUUGCCGCAAGAAUGUCACCAAAAUGAAUAUUCGCCAAAACAGUUGCGAGAUGAGACUUCGCUGGGACCACAUGGAUCGCAGCGAACGAAUGCCCUUCUUUAUACAGGCUCUACUGUACCAGGUGUCCGUGGGAGAUAUCGAUCCCACGGAUCAGUGUAUGGUGCGUGAGUUCUUUCAGAAAGUGAAGUAGCAAAGAACGACGAUCCAUUUCCAUUUGCAUUUCCAUUCCAUUUUUUCGGUUUUAUACGAACCAGAUGUUGUUGUGGCCAUUCUAUUUUCGUCCAGAGCCUCGAAAUUCGCAGCUCUUUCUCCCUCGAUUUGUGCUCUUGAACCAGUUUCGGUUCUUCAGAGGAAUAAUGGAUCCCCUGCUUUGGUCCAAGGCCGCCAAUAUGACAUGGCAUUGGCACUCGAUUAACAAUUAACUCGUCAGCAGUCAAGGUCGCGCAGAAAACACUCGGUGGGGGAGGGAGGGGAAAUCCCCCCAAUCAAUUUCCCAGGCGCAUACAUUAGCCAUAAAAAUUUGUUGUACUCCGCAGAAACGAAACAAAUAAAACAAACGAGAGGGAAAACUUUUUAAAAUGUAAUUUCGCUGGCCGGCAAAAUAAAUAAAACGGAAUUGUGGCAAAUCGAAAGUGAGGAGAGAGCCAGGAAAUCAAAAGUCCGCAUCAGAUCGGCGAAUCCAGGCAUUAUGCUAAUGGAAAUCACAGAGGGGGGAAAGUCCUGGUUUAUGGCCGUUGACAACUUUUGGCGAGCCGGGCAUAAAACGAAAUGAAAUGGAAAACUAAACCGAAGGAGGAAAACUCAAAUGGCCAACGAUUCGCCACGAACUCUAACUCAAAAGCGGAGCAGUGGAACUGUAUCGAAGGAGUCGCAAUUUAUUGUCCCAGAUAUUGACUUUUAUAGUGGCAUUCCGCCAUCCCUUUUCCGGACUCAUAAUGCGACAUUUCGCUGGGAAUCUCCUCGAGAAUCGGGAAACAAUUGGCAUUCGGUGAAUUUCGCAUGCCUGCCACCAACAGUUCAAGUUCGGUUCAAGGGGGUUUUCCCUUCCGCCCAACCCUCAACUCUUUUUUUAUGGACGACUGUUGUUGCGAAGAUUUCGUUGUUUUGAUAUUCGGCAGUUUUAUUGCCUCGACCCAAGUUCGCACCUCAAUUUGUCUUCGUAAAUGUGAAAAAUGUGGAAAUUAGUUGGCGGUCCGAGCGGCAGGCUGGCAGGCAGUCUCCCAUUUUCGGUUGUUGGGUUUAUGGCCAAACAUUUCAUCAAUCACGCGGGGACGUGUCACACCUAUCAGGACCGCUGACGCCCGGCUCAGAUGCAGAUCGUCGCGGAGGAAACCCCAAUCGUAAAAAAAAGGAGUGCGAUAGCCACGCCCCUUGUCUCCGGUUUGGUGUGAACUUAAUGGCCGCGCCAGGAAUCUGUGGCACACUUUCAGGCUCUUAAAAAGAAGAAGGACAUUUGGCGUGGUCCUCAUUAUCAGAUGCUGAGGUUUAGAAAUUUCUUUAAAAAAAAAUAA